CCGGAGCAUCAACAAAUAACGAGAGCGCAACACCGAUCCGAAGGUGUCGCCGGGGUGGCAUGGGCAUGCUGUUGUGGCAAGCUGUUCACCCGGGGUGGGAGGUGGCCAACACACGACGUACCCAGAUCGAAUCGCUUGCAAAACUUUUAACCAUUGUUUUAGAUAUAAAACGAAUCCUAUACGCUUCACGCUUGCUUAGUGAAUGGUGGCCAUUCUGGCAGUAAACAUCGUUGCAGCCAAGCAAUUUGCACAGCAAACAGCAAACGAAAACAAAUGUGAAGCGAAAUUGGUGCAAAAACAGAGACAGAGAAGAGAAAAAGCAACAAGGUGUACUAGUAUCGAAAACGAAACCGAAGACAUUGUGCGAUUAGAACAUUGGAGGUGCAGUUGUUUGGUUAAAUAGAAAAUAUUCGUUCGUUGAAGUUUUGUGCCACAAUAUUUUGUCAGCAGCGAGAAUUUUAAGGGUGGACGUGUGAACACUACUGGUGUGACAGUUGCGGCUUGUGAAACACACCUGUUUGCCACAACAUGGCGCCCGGUCGUGAAGUGAUCGUUACAUGCCUUAUUUUAAUGCAACUGGGCAAUCUAGCUGCUCGUCCAGAACCACCUAUACUUGGACCGUCCUCUGGUUCGCUCGACACUGGUAAUGGUCUUAGUACUAGUCCCGGUGGUCCCGGUGGUUCGAUCGGUUACAGCUAUGGUCCACCUCCACCAUCACCAUCUAUCACCAUCAACAGCUACGGUUCGGCCACGUCCGAGUACGGACCACCGACGCAGGCACCCAUCAUACACAAGCACGUGUACGUACACGUACCACCACCGGAGCCGGAAUAUGUCACUACCAGGAAACCGGUCGUGGUACCGCCGCCCCAGAAACAUUACAAAAUAGUCUUCAUAAAGGCACCGUCUCCGCCGACGCCUGCCCCACCAGUGUUGCCACCGAUCCAGCAGAACGAAGAGAAAACGCUCGUGUACGUGCUGGUGAAGAAGCAGGACGAACCGGAAGAGAUCGUCAUACCGACGGUUGCACCAACGCCACCCUCCAAACCGGAAGUGUACUUCAUCCGCUACAAAACACAGCGAUCAUCGGCCGAGCACGGGAGUAAUGGCGGUGGACCAUAUCCGGAGAGUGGCGGACCAACGCCUCCCACCGAGUACGGUGCACCGCCAGUACCGAGCCAAAGCCCCAGCAACAGUUACGGUGUACCGCUAUAGGUACAUCCUGAGCGAAUAUCUCUACCGCAAGUAUCUCCAGCUGUACGGUUUGCAACCUGAAGAUCCGCAUGGGGGUGAAUGAACAACAAAACUGUCAACAAUCGGAUAAUAUAAGAAACAAACAAGCG